UCUGAACCCCGUUUUUAAAUUUUAAUUCUUUCCCAAAGGGGCUCGGGAAGGGCGAUCCGAUCCGGCCCGGGUUUUCGGGGUCCCCUCCCCGCCCCCCCCUUCGAGCGCCCCGGCAGGUGGCGGGAGGCCGGUCCCGGGGCGGCGGCUCCAGGCCGGGUUUUGCAGGCGCCGGUGGGGUCCCCUCCUCCCCGCCCCCCCACUUCUCCUCCAUCCCGGAGCCCCGCGACCAGGCGGCUUGUCAUUGCUGGAGCCCCGCAUCCUGCGGAGCCCACCGGCCCGGCCCCCCCAAGCUCCCGGCCCGCGCCCCCCGGCCCCCCCAGCUCCGAGCCCACCCCCCCAGCCCCCCGCGGCCGCUGCGGGGAGCCCCAGCCGUCGGCGCCCCUCCCGCCUCGCCUCUGCCUGCCCAGGGGGGGCCCCCCCGGAUGGGGGCGCGCGGGGCCUCCGGGCGGCGGGGGGCUGCGGGGGCUCCCCGAGGGCCGCGGAGCUGCGGGGAGCUGCGGGCGGCCGUCUCGGGGGGCUCCGCCUCGCCCCAGCCCCCCAAGCUCUGACGCCGCACCCCCCCCCCAUUUUCCGGGAGGGGCUCGGACCCGCGCGCCCCCAGCCCCAGCCUCCGGGCAGUGUGCGAUCCCCCCCCUUUCCCCUUAUCUAUUUUUUCUUUCCCCUUUUAUUAUUAUUAUUAUUAUCAUUUUUGGAGGGGGGUCGCCUCGCACCCCCUCUUUCCCCCCUGCCGCACCCCCCGCCCCGGCUGCGGGAGAUGUGCAGGGCGGGGGGCCCGGCCUGGCGGAGCCACGCGCAGCGCCGACCCCCGAGCCGCGCGGGGCAGGCUGGCCGUCCAGGCCUCUGAGGUCCCCGUGCCGCCCGCCAUGGCCCGUCUGGCUGCCGUGCUUUGGGGCCUGUGUGUCACCACCGUCCUGGUCACCUCGGCCACACAAGCGGGCCUGAGCCGGGCAGGGCUGCCGUUCGGGCUGAUGCGCCGGGAGCUGGCGUGUGAGGGCUACCCCAUCGAGCUGCGGUGCCCGGGUAGCGACGUGGUCAUGGUGGAGAACGCCAACUACGGGCGCACAGACGACAAGAUCUGCGACGCUGACCCCUUCCAGAUGGAGAACGUGCAGUGCUACCUGCCCGAUGCCUUCAAGAUCAUGUCCCAGAGGUGUAACAACCGCACUCAGUGCGUGGUGGUCGCCGGCUCGGACGCCUUUCCUGACCCUUGUCCCGGGACCUACAAGUACCUGGAGGUGCAGUACGACUGUGUCCCUUACAUCUUCGUGUGCCCGGGGACGCUGCAGAAGGUGCUGGAACCCACAUCCACGCACGAGUCGGAGCACCAGUCCGGGGCGUGGUGCAAGGACCCGCUGCAGGCGGGCGACCGCAUCUACGUCAUGCCCUGGGUGCCCUACCGCACCGACACGCUCACCGAGUACGCCUCGUGGGAGGACUACGUGGCCGGCCGCCACACCACCACCUACCGGCUGCCCAACCGCGUGGACGGCACGGGCUUCGUGGUUUACGACGGCGCCGUCUUCUACAACAAGGAGCGCACCCGCAACAUCGUCAAGUACGACCUGCGCACCCGCAUCAAGAGCGGGGAGACGGUCAUCGGGGCCGCCAACUACCACGACACGUCGCCCUACCGCUGGGGCGGCAAGACAGACAUCGACCUGGCGGUGGACGAGAGCGGGCUGUGGGUGCUGUACGCCACCGAGGCCAACGGCGGGCGCCUGGUGGUGAGCCAGCUCAACCCCUACACCCUGCGCUUUGAAGGCACCUGGGACACGGGCUACGACAAGCGCUCGGCCUCCAACGCCUUCAUGGUGUGCGGGGUGCUGUACGUGCUGCGCUCCGUCUACGUGGACGACGACAGCGAGGCGGCCGGCAACCGCGUGGACUACGCCUUCAACACCCACGCGGGCCGCGGCGAGCCCCUGGGCCUGGCCUUCCCCAACCCCUACCAGUUCGUGUCCUCCGUCGACUACAACCCCCGGGACAACCAGCUGUACGUCUGGAACAACUACUUUGUCGUCCGCUACGGGCUGGAGUUCGGGCCCCCGGACCCCAGUGCCGGCCCCGCCACCGCCCCGCCGCUCAGCACCACCACCACGGCCCGGCCCACCCCGCUCACCAGCACCGCAGCGCCCGCCGCCACCACGCCCCUGCGCCGCGCGCCCCUCACCACGCACCCGGUGGGCGCCAUCAACCAGCUGGGCCCUGACCUGCCCCCCGCCACCGCCCCCGCGCCGGGCACACGCCGCCCCCCCGCGCCCGACCUGCACGUGGCCCCCGAGCUCUUCUGCGAGGCCCGGGAGGUGCGGCGGGUGCAAUGGCCGGCCACGCAGCAGGGCAUGCUGGUGGAGAGACCUUGCCCCAAGGGCACCCGAGGAAUCGCCUCCUUCCAGUGUCUCCCGGCUCUGGGGCUCUGGAACCCGCGGGGCCCCGACCUCAGCAACUGCACGUCCCCGUGGGUGAACCAGGUGGCGCAGAAGAUCAAGAGCGGGGAGAACGCGGCCAACAUCGCCGGGGAGCUGGCGCGCCACACACGGGGCCCCAUCUUUGCGGGCGACGUGUCGUCGUCUGUGCGGCUGCUGGAGCAGCUGCUUGACAUCCUGGACGCCCAGCUGCAGGCGCUGCGGCCCGUGGAGCGCGAGUCGGCCGGCAAGAACUACAACAAGAUGCAUAAGCGGGAGAGGACAUGCAAGGACUACAUCAAGGCUGUGGUGGAGACAGUGGACAACCUGCUUCGGCCGGAGGCGCUGGAGUCGUGGCAGGACAUGAAUGGCACAGAGCAAGCGCACACGGCCACCAUGCUGCUGGACGUGCUAGAGGAAGGCGCCUUCCUGCUGGCGGACAACGUGCGCGAGCCCGCGCGCUUCCUGGCUGCCAAGCAGAACGUGGUGCUGGAGGUGACGGUGCUGAGCACGGAGGGGCAGGUGCAGGAGCUGGUUUUCCCCCAGGAUCAUCCCGGGGACAGCUCCAUCCAGCUGUCCGCCAACACCAUCAAGCAGAACAGCCGCAACGGCGUCGUCAAGGUGGUCUUCAUCCUCUACAACAACCUGGGCCUCUUCCUGAGCACGGAGAACGCCACAGUGAAGCUGGGGGGCGAGGCGGGGGGCGCCUCGCUGGUGGUCAACUCGCAGGUCAUCGCCGCCUCCAUCAACAAGGAGUCCAGCCGCGUCUUCCUCAUGGACCCCGUCAUCUUCACCCUGGCCCACCUGGAGGUGAAGAACCACUUCAACGCCAACUGCACCUUCUGGAACUACUCAGAGCGCUCCAUGCUGGGCUACUGGUCCACGCAGGGCUGCCGGCUGCUGGAGUCCAACCGCACGCACACCACCUGCGCCUGCAGUCACCUCACCCACUUCGCCGUGCUCAUGGCACACCGAGAGAUCCACCAGGGCCGCAUGAAGGAGCUGCUGCUGUCGGUGGUCACGUGGGUGGGCAUCGUCAUCUCGCUGGUGUGCCUGGCCAUCUGCAUUUCCACUUUCUGCUUCCUGCGGGGCCUGCAGACGGACCGCAACACCAUUCACAAGAACCUCUGCAUCAACCUCUUCCUGGCCGAGCUGCUCUUCCUGGUCGGCAUAGACAAGACGCAGUACGAGAUCGCCUGCCCCAUCUUCGCAGGGCUGCUGCACUAUUUCUUCCUGGCCGCCUUCUCCUGGCUGUGCCUGGAGGGUGUGCACCUGUACCUGCUGCUGGUCGAGGUCUUCGAGAGCGAGUACUCGAGGACUAAGUACUAUUACCUGGGCGGGUACUGCUUCCCCGCGCUCGUGGUGGGCAUCGCCGCCGCCGUGGACUACCGCAGCUACGGCACCGAGAAGGCCUGCUGGCUGCGGGCGGACAAUCACUUCAUCUGGAGUUUCAUAGGGCCCGUGUCCUUCGUCAUCGUGGUGAACCUGGUAUUCCUCAUGGUGACUCUGCACAAAAUGGUCCGCAGCUCCUCCGUCCUCAAGCCCGACUCCAGCCGCCUGGACAACAUCAAGUCCUGGGCGCUGGGGGCCAUUGUGCUGCUCCUCCUGCUGGGCCUCACCUGGGCGUUCGGGCUGCUCUUUAUCAACAAGGAGUCGAUGGUCAUGGCCUAUCUGUUCACCACCUUUAACGCCUUCCAGGGCGUCUUCAUCUUCGUCUUUCACUGCGCGCUGCAGAAGAAGGUGCACAAGGAGUACAGCAAGUGCUGGCGGCAUUCCUACUGCUGCAUCCGCUCCCCACCCGGGGGCGCCCACGGCUCCCUCAAGACCUCCGCCAUGCGGAACAACGCGCGCUACUACACAGGCACCCAGAGCCGAAUCCGGAGGAUGUGGAACGACACGGUGAGGAAGCAGACGGAGUCGUCCUUCAUGGCGGGGGACAUAAACAGCACCCCCACCCUGAACCGAGGCACCAUGGGGAACCACCUGCUGGCCAACCCCGUGCUGCAGCCUCGCGGGGGCACCAGCCCCUACAACACGCUCAUCGCUGAGUCGGUGGGCUUCAACCCCUCCUCGCCCCCCGUCUUCAACUCCCCAGGGAGCUACCGGGAAUCCAAGCACCCGCUGGGCGCCCGCGAGGCCUGCGGCGCGGACACGCUGCCCCUGAACGGCAACUUCAACAACAGCUACUCGCUGCGCGGCGGCGACUUCGCGCCCGGGGAGCCGCCCGAGCCGCCCCGGGGCCGCCACCUGGCCGACGCGGCGGCCUUCGAGAAGAUGAUCAUCUCCGAGCUGGUGCACAACAACCUGCGGGGCGCGGCGGCCGGCGCCAAGGGGCCCCCCGCGCCCGAGCCCCCGGGAGUGCCGCCCGCGGGGCCGGGCGCGGGGCCGGGCGCGGGCGCGGGCGCGGGCCCGGCGGGCUGCGCGGAGGAGGCGGCCGAGGCGGCGGCGGCGGCGGCGGCGGCGGGACUGCUGUACACGGCGCUGGAGGAGCCGCUGCUGCUGCCGCGGGCGCAGUCGGUGCUGUACCAGAGCGACGAGGCCGACGAGCCCGAGCCGCCCCCCGACGGCGCCCCCCGGGACUCGCGCUUCCCCGGCCUGCGGGACUCGCCCCCCUACCCGGACAGCAGCCCCGAGGGGCCCCCCGACCUGCCGCCGCCGCCGCCCGCGCCCCCCGGGCCCCCCGGGCCCUUCUACCCGCCGCGGCCCCCGCUCGCCUACUACCGCGACCCCUACCUGGGCGGCCCCGCGCUCGAGGGCGGCGGCCCCGACGGCGACGGCCAGAUGCAGCUGGUCACCAGCCUCUAGGCGCCGCGCCCCACUCGGCAGAGCACAAGUCCCCACGGCGCCCGGCCCCGCCCCGGCCCCCGCACCCGCCCUGCCCCGCACCCGCCCCGCCCCGCACCCGCCCUGCCCCGCACCCGCCCCGCACCCACCCCGCCCCGCACCCACCCCGCCCCGCCCCGCCCCGCGCCCCGCGCCUGUAAAUAUCUCAACCACGACAUGGAAAAGGAAAACCAACCAACCAACCAACAAAAAAGACAAAAAGAAGAAGGAGGAGGAAGAAGGAAGAGAAGAAGAAACACUAACUGAAGGCUGGAGAACACCACCACGGACGACGGACGGACGGACGGACGGAGCGGGACGACGGGAAGGGCCCCCCCCUUUUUUUCCUGGCCGACUCCCCACCUUCCCGGGGCGCAGUGGUGGGGGGGGGCGGACACCGCCUCCAGGCAGGCGGCCAGGACUGCGCCCACCCCCACCCCCCGCCACGCCACGCCGCGCCACGCCACGCCGCCUGCUGCGGGGAAGCCCGACCGAUCAGAAACCCAGAACUCAGCCCCUCGCGGCAUCUCGGGGCGUGAACCUCACUGCCUGCCCCGCCCGGGCCCCCCCCACACCCAAAGAUGCUUUUGCCAAGGGGGAUGGGGGGGCGGCUGCCAGGCGGUCUGGGCCCCCGCCCCCCAUCAUUGCCAUCCCCGGGGCGCCCCUCACAAGUGCCAUGAGUCUGCGAACAUCGGGUCCGCCCUGCCCCGCCCGCCUGGAGUUCUGGGGGUGGGGGGGGUGAGGAGGAGGGCGCCCCUCCCUGGCCCCCAACUCAGCGAGGGUGGGAAGGGGGCGACCAAAGAUCGAGGCAGGCGGAGGGGGGCGAUGCCAGGAGGCCGGGGGCCGCCCUGGGGUUUAUUUGGGGGGUCGCCGCUCUAAGCUGGCAGGAGGGGCAGGGGGGAGGCGCCCCCGCCCGCAGUCUGAGACCCCGCCUUGACGCCAGCCAGGAGGGGGUGCGGGGUGGGGGGCACCCCAGACCCCAGGGGAGCCCCCCAUCUCUCCAGUCUCGACAAUCAGGGGGAGAAAGGGGGCGGCGGAGGGAGACACCCCCAGACCUCAGAGCCACGUGGCCUGGCCGGGGUGGGCCCCACCGACACCCCAAGACCAGGACCCGGUGCCUUGCCGCCCUGCACCCGGCCGGGGCCUAGCGAGCAAGGGUCUUGGUUCCUGCCCCCCACAACUCGGGCUUCUGAAUCCAACUGCUUUUCAGUUUCAUUUUGCUUUUUAUUUUUUUUCCUACCUCUUGGAUUGCUUUAUUUUUUUGAGGGGGGGAGUGUUGGGCUUCGUAGACCUCCCCCCCUUUUUUCCUCACUCCCUUAGUGUCUCUCUCGCUGUCUCUGUGUUCCUCUCCCAUCUCUCUCGGAUCCCUCCUCCUCCUCUUCCUCCUCUUCUCUCCUCUUCCUCCUCCCUCUCCAUUCGGGCCUCCCCGCACCCCCACACCCAGCCCAGCCCAGCCCUCCCCCCCUACCCACCCCCCAACUUUUCGAUAUGCCAAACCAAUUUUGGGUCGAGUGUAUUUAACAAGAACAAAACCACAAACAAGAAAACAAAAACAAAGGCUCAUCGCAGCGGGAACGUUUCAGAAAAAAACAAAAAGUUUUAAAAAAAAAUCGUUGAGUCAAAAAAAAAAAUCAAUAAAGAAAUUAAGAUUUCUUGGAAAAACGA